CUGUCUGUGAUCAAGAGUGAGGACAGAGGACGAUAUAUCAUUGCUACGAGGAAGAUAGUGCCUGGAACGAGAAUACUCACAGCUGAAUCACCACAUUGCUUUGGAUGGCUGCCCUAUCUUAUCAAGCAGAUGUGUUCACAUUGUUUCGCUCACAGUGAUCUUCGACAACAGAUGGCAAACAACAAUGCCAAACUCUACAUUGGAUGCAAGACAUGUCAGCAGGUGUACUACUGUUCACAGAGCUGCUACGAUGCCGGUCAUUAUUCAAAGCGUGGCAACAAUCAGGUGGAUCCAACAUCUCCAGCAUCACACUAUCACACUGUACUCGAGUGUCUGGUGCUCAAGUACUUGGUCAUCCCAUCAGGGUUCUCUUUUCAUCAUGUGUCAGAGAUGCGCAUGGUCAUCAACUAUAUUGCUCAGACACCAUACAUGCCCUACCAAGGCACAGACCCAGAGUUUCCACUCAUCAAAGAUGACAUGUCAUUGUUAGUUGGCGAGCAUCAACAGGUUAGCGGUAAAAAGGAGGACAAGAAGACUCUACGUAAAAUGAGCUCUGUCAUCAAGAAGGCCUUCUCAUUGGCCAUGUACGAUCUAAAGGAAACUGAUGUCAUGGAGCUGAUAGCAAAGUCCACCAGGAAUUGUUUUGGCAUUUGGAAGAACUACGAAGAAUGUUUUGGAUUGUCAAUGUAUUGUACAGCUUCAUUCUUCAAUCAUAGUUGCUAUCCAAAUGCAGCAAGAUUACAAAAAGGACGAUCGAUAGAGAUUGUGGCCCUUCGCGAUAUAGAACCAAACGAAGAGGUGACCAUUUGCUACAUCAAUGUCACACUGCGACAGUGUGACAGAAGGACUCUACUGAGUGAUUGCUACUACUUUGUUUGUGGAUGCCAACGAUGUCUGCACACCACUCCAGCAAUAGAGAAUGCAGUGGCAGCCUACACAUGUCGUAAUCCACGUACCAGAUGUUCUGGUUAUCUACUUCAUUUAGAAAACAUUAGU